AUGAGCCCUGGUUUCAGCCCGUGCAAUUCACGGCCAAAAAAGCGUUCAUACUCAACUUCCGAAACAGACGCCCAACGUAAAGCGUAUUACUUGGAUAAGAACAUAAAAAACCUGACUCACAACACCCUCGAGACCAUAUACGAGGAGUAUGAUUCAAUGAGUUCAAAAAAAUUCAAGCGACUCAUCGACUUUACCACAAAGGCUGCAAAAUUAGCCAAAGUUAACAAAAGAACAAACAAGAUAAAACGGCUGUUUGGAUCAAAAACUCACAUGAAGAGUAAAUUAUCCCAAAGCUCAAUACAAGCUCUCGCCAAGAAGCUCGACAGUAUUUUAGCUCAGGCAGCUACCGAGCCACAGUAG